UGGGAAUUCAUUGCACUGUGUGGAUAAAGUUCUUUAAGGUUUACCAGCAGUAAGUAAAGUGUGCUGAGCGGGGAGCCUAGUGAAGGGUUAGGUGGAUUUUUGAGUUAAACUGCUCAUUUUAUUCAGCCUUCAACAUUGUAUUUCCAAUGCUGUGCAUCAGAAGGAGUGGUGAAUCAGUAACGGGUAUCGUUAGAAGCCUUACGGGUUUCAGUACUGCAGGUAUUGCAUUGUUUCAUCAGCAUUGUAUUGCUUUUUGAAGGGGUCGGUGUGAACUUGUUGGGCCGAAGGGCCUGUUUCCACAUUGUUAGUAAUGUAAGCUAAUCAUUACUGGCAGCAGUGAGGUGUGGGCUAUAUUCACUAGAAAUGAUAAAGCAGUUAGAUAACACACAUACGAGAGAGCAGAGUGGGACUUGUCUUUUAAUUUGCAGAAGAUGGGAGAUUCUGGGAGCUGUGAUCCAGGACAAAAAUAAGUGCGGUUAAUCAUAGAAGUCCUACAGUGUGGAAGUAAACUGUUCAGCCCCUCAAGUCCACGUUGGCCCCUCUGAAAAGCCUCCCCCAUUCCCCCCCCCACCACCACCACCACCACCCAAUCCAGUAAUUUGCUGGUGGGUGAGAUUAGGACUAGAGGUCAUGGCCUCGAGGUUAGAGGGAGUCGGUUUCAGACACAUGAGGAGGAACUGCUUUUCCCGGAAAAUAGUGACUCCAUGAAAUUCUCUGCCUAUGGAACCGGGAGAGACAGCUUCACUAAGAAUAUUCAAGACACAGGACACUAGUGUGGCAGGAAGAAUACUAAGACACCCGAGUGAGGGAGAUUCAGUGGGCUGACUGUGGAAAAAGUGCUUCAAACCAUUUCCUCAGCUUGGGGGAAUCAAAAUCACACCCCUCACGGUGGGGACAGACUGUGUACCAGUUCUGUUUGUAAUUUCAAACCCAGGUGACACAAGGAAUACACUCCCCAUGGGGAAACCGUGGAAAUGUGGGGACUGUGGGAAAGGAUUCCCUUCCCCCUCAGUGCUGGAAAUUCACAGACGUGUUCACAGCGGGGAGAAGCCGUUCAUCUGCUCAGUGUGUGGGAAGGGAUUCACAAAUUCUUCCAACCUGCGGGCGCACCAGUGGGUCCACACGGGAGAGAAGCCCUUCACCUGCUUGGUGUGCAGGAAGGGGUUCACGCAUUCAUCUGCACUGCUGACCCACCAGCGGGUCCACACUGGGGAGAGGCCGUUCGGUUGCUCAGAGUGCGGGAAGGCUUUCCGUCGUGUGAGCAACUUGAGGAAGCACGAGCGGGUCCACAUGGGGGAAAGGCCAUUCACCUGCCCCGAGUGUGGGAAGGGAUUCAUUGAUUCUUCCAGCUUGCUGAACCACCAGCGGAUCCACACAGGGGAAAGGCCAUUCACCUGCUCUGUGUGCGGGAAAGGAUUCAAUCAUAUGAGCAAUUUGCGGCAGCAUAAGCGGGUCCACACUGGGGAGAGGCCAUUCACCUGCCCCGAGUGUGGGAAGGGAUUUACCAACUCUUCCCACCUGCUGACCCACCAGCGGAUCCACACUGGGGAGAGGCCAUUCACCUGCUCCAAGUGCAGGAAGGGCUUCACCUGCUCCUCUGACCUCCAGAGACAUCAACGAGUUCACGUGCCAUCACAGGGAAAUUGAAGGAGUGACAGAUAAGUACCAUUUUUGACUAGACUAUCAACCCCGUUCUGGGGUCUCCCAGGUUUGAAUCCCACCGUGGUAGAUGGUGCAAUUGAAAUCUGGAGUUCAGAAUCAAAUGAUGAAACCAUUUUCAGGGGAAGAAAAACCCCACCUUAUUCACUCAUGUCCUUUUUUAGAGAAUGAAGCUAUCUUUGCAGGAAAGGAAUCACUCAGUUAUUCCAGCUGCAUCCUUUACCUGGUCUGGCCUACCCCUGACUCCAGACCCACAGCAGUGUGGUUGACUCUUGAUUGCAUCCCCCUCCUGUAUAUGAGCUGGAGAAACUAACUUGUAUACAGGGUGUAGGCUGAAACUGCUGAGUGAGGCAAUACUUCCUCCAGAUGAAGGCUGUACCAAGGAUCCAGUUCCAAAGGGAUAAUUUGGUGCUGACCAAUAGUAAAGAAAGUGGGGGAUGGGGAGUGUGUGCACUUUGACCUUGAGCUUUUUAUUUAAAAAACGCUACUUUUCGUGCACUUUUUUUUUCUGGGAAAAAUUGAAACUGUAAUGAAGCAGGGUUGUAAUAAA